CUAAUUUCUUUAUCUAAUUUAAUCUUAAUUGUUGUAGUUGUUUUUAAUUUAAUUUUUAUCUCUCCAUUUGGAGAAAAGGUUAACAUGUUGAUCUCAAGUAAAUGGAAUAAGUUACACAUAAGAUUGUGUAAUCAUCUUAAAUUAAUCACAUUUUCUAAUUACAUUUUUAUUGGUGAUGACAAAGUGACUCUUUUUUAUUUCUUGUCUUUCUGUUUAACCUUUCAUCUUGUCGCUCUCAAGUCUAUGUGAAUAAAUGGCUUUACCUUAAAGCUUUAGCUCUAUCUUAUUGGAGAUUAAUGUGUUAUCUUAAUCUGAUUAUUAAAUAUCAGUGUGAAUCCAUUCUUCUCAUCUUCCUGGUGGCGCCGUCUAAAAAUUGAAUAAAUUUGGAUCGUCAAGUUUUCUCGAUGGAAUUGUUGUCAAUGUAAAUAUACAAAUAAUCUUGUAAAUUAUUUUUUACUACAAUUUGUUGACAUAUUAACCACCUCAUCGUUUUCUCCAUUGUAUCAAAUAAUUGUGAUAUUUUCUGUAAAUCAUCAACAUCAACAACAACAACCAGCAACUUUAAAGUAACGACGACACAAAAGUACAACUUCAACUAUAAUUUUCUAAUUUCGAUCAUCAUAUCGAUAGAUUUAUAUAUAUAUUAAGUUUUUAAUCAACGUUCCAUCAAAUUCUAAUCAACCAUGUCCAUGUUAGAGACUGACUUUUAUCAACCGCCCAUGAACGAGGAACGGAAACCGGAUAUUCUUGAAAGAUUAGCUAAAAUUCCUGCAAUGGGAAUAUUAUUUGCAGUUAUCGCUUCCAUUUUGUUUGCGACUGGGACACUUUGUGCGAAAUUGGUUAGCACAGUCGAUGCUGUUGAAACCGUUCUUUUCAGGUCGAUAGUUCAAAGUAUAAUCUACACGACUGUGGUCAUCACGUACCGAGAACGUCUCGCCGUCCCUCGUGGUGAACGGAUGCCGUUGGUGGCUCGAUGUGUAUGUGGCUUCAUCACCGCCUGUUGUAAUUACUACGCAAUCCAAUUUAUCUCAUUAGGUGAUCAAUCAACAAUAUCGUUCUCAUCUCCGGUAUUUGUUUCCCUGUUUGCGUGUAUCUUUUUGGGUGAAGCUUGUGGCCUAGUUCAGGCCUUUUCAGCUUUAUUGACGAUCAGUGGUGUGGUCAUGAUAUGUAAACCACCAUUUAUUUUUGGAGGUGAAUCAAAUUUCGAUACAAAAUGGGGUAUUGGUGUUGGAACGGCUUUGGCUGGUUCGUUAACUCGAGCUGUAAAUGUCAUUUGUCUUCGUCGAAUGCGUCAAACACCCUCAUCAGUGGUCAUUUUCUACUUUUCAGUGUCCGGUAUUCUUCAAUCAUUGAUUCUUCUUCUCAUUAUUGGUGACCUUAAAGUUCCCGGAACUCUAAAUGAUAGUUUAAUGUUAAUCGCUGUCGGUAUAACUACGGCCGCAGGUCAAUUUUUCCAAACGGUGGCACUUAAAAUUGAAGAAGCUGGACCCGUUUCUAUGACUCGAACUCUUGACAUUGUCAUGUCUUUCGUUUAUCAAGUGACCUUACUCAAUGAGUCCGUUGAGUGGACCGAUCUUUCUGGUGCCAGUAUUGUUUGCUGUUCGGUUAUCAUGGUUGGCCUUCAUAAAUGGUACCUUAAGCGACCCGAAACAUUCAAGAAAUUUCUUCCCAAACGUUUAUCAGCUAAAAUAUCUUCGUCAAUCAAUUCAACAAUUAGUCCAAAUCAUUCAACUUCAAUAGUUCCUCCUGAAGAUAAGCGUAUCAGUUAUUUAUCAACAACUCAAGGGCCCACAUUCACCGUUGGAAUUAAAAAAUGAAAAUGAUUCGAUCAACAAAACUACAAGUCUCAUUGAUUGAACAAUUAAGAAACCGAGUUUCAAUUGUCUCAAUCAAAAUUAAACUCUUACAAUUGGAUCAGCAUCAUCAUAAUUAUUUACCUCCAUUGAUCAACAUGUUAAUUAUUAUACAUUCCUCAUCGACGCCAUUUUUUAAAUCUCCUUCUAUUUGCUUAAUCAAAAGCAAACCUUUUAAAACAAUAUAUUGAUAUUUUAAUCACAAUUAACUAGUCCCAACUAAGGAAAUCAAUCAAGUGAUGGACUAAUAAUAUUAUUACAUUCACCUACAAUUAGCUUAAAUUGUCAUUGUUAUUUAUUAUACAUUUUAAUACAAUGAAAUGCUAAUUAAUCAACCAAAUUGGCUCAGUUGAUUGAGCUUACAAAUCAUUAUUAUUAUUAUUAUCUAAGAUAUUUAAUUAUUUUUACCAUUAUAAAAUAUUUAAUACAAUCAGACUUUGCUUCUUGCAAUUAAUAUAAUUGCAAGUACAAUAAACAUAAAGAAACGAUGAAAUUUAUCAAAAAUGAAAACUAAUUGAAUCAAUUGUAUCGCUUAAUUAUUUCAAAGCUAAUCAACCAAAAAAAAAAUCACAUCAAGUGCCAUCUAAUUAACGAUAAUUUAAACCAGAAAAUAAAGAAAUCAGCCAAUGUGUA